GUGAAGGAUUUUCAUGUUUUAACCAUUUCUCUUUGUUUGUUUACAGAGCUGCCAAAUGAGAGCGUAGAAAAUAAGUUGUGUUGUUUACAAGCGGUAAUAGCUGUUUUGCCACGAAGUGCGAGUUUUUGUUGUGAAUUCCACUCGAGAUGACGGAAAUCAACGAGAAGGAGAACGAACCACAACACCACGACCUCCAACGACCACGGGCUACUGUGCCCAGCCAGCCCGAAUCAAAGCUCCAACGACUGAAGCGCUCCUUCUCCUUUAAAUCCGUCAUGCGCAGCAAGAGUGUGGACAACUUCUUCCAGCGCAGCAACGGCGAAGCACGUCCACCUUGCACGCUCAUAAUCCCCCCAGCUCCGCCGCCGUCGCCUCCCCCGUGUUCGGAGUCCCCCCUGGCCUACGAGCGAUCGCCCUUUCUCUCGCCGUCCGCCAGCCCCAUCCCCUCGCUUUCGGAGUCGCUCCACUCUCCAUCCUUCAACCCCUCGCUGUCUCUCAGCUCCAAGGGUCUACCCAAGUCUGCGGGUCAGCCCGCGGCGCCACCCAAGACUCACUGUUUCCAGGAGCACGUCUUUCGCAGGCACACUAACUGCGAGCGAUGCAAACAUUUGAUUCAAGGAAACUCUAAGCAAGGACUGCGUUGUAAAGCCUGCAAAAUGGCCGCUCACCUCUGGUGCUUUGCGGAGCUCUCCCAGCAGCCCUGUGUUGGCAAGACGGGAGCGUUUAAAAGGAACUUCAGCUCACCUCUACUAACCACCGACUCACUGGGCGUGGUCAGGGAGGCUCCUGAUGUCCAGGAGGCCGAUAACGUCAACCUGGACCCCGUGUAUGAAGCGCUGCGAUACGGCACGUCGCUGGCUCAUAUGAGUCGCUCCAGCUUUGGAAGCAUCACGGAGUCACCCUGUCAUGAGGCUGAAAAGCUGCAAGACAAACUAGAGAAUCAGCCAAUCGCUGAAGAGGAGCCCAUUCCAGGAAUGCUCACCCCUCCUGAAAGCGAGAAGGCGGAUUCAGAAGAGCGGGUCAGCCUGAAGACCCCGAAGCACGUUGAGAUCCACUCCAUCCACACAUAUGUGGCUCUCUACAAGUUUCUGCCUCAGGAGAAGAAUGACUUGGAACUUCAGCCUGGGGAUCGAGUCAAAGUCACGGAUGACUCCAAUGAGGACUGGUGGAAGGGGAAAAGCCAAAACAAGGUGGGAUAUUUCCCAGCCAACUUUGUGCAGCGCGUCCGCCCCGGCGAGCGGGUGUGGAAGGUCACGGCUGGUUUCCACGGCAACAGAGACAAAGGCCAGAUGACGGUGAAAGAGGCCCAGAUCUGUUUCGGAAAAAACGAGGACAUUGAUGGCUUUCUGCGUCUGAGCAGCGGGAAGAAACGAGGCCUGGUCCCUGCGAACAUCCUACUUGAAAUAUGACCUCUUUUCAGUCACUAUUUAUAUUGAUAAUAAUAGUAAUAAUAAGUACUUGACGGAAGAAUCCGAGAAUGUUUUCCUCAAUGGAAGUGGCUUUGCUAGUUUUUUUGUUUUUUUUGUUUGUUUAUUUCAGUGCAGAAACUUAAAGCCCAAGAGAGUGGCUUUCUUUAGAGCUGCUCUACUGUCGCUCACGUCAGAAAUGUAGCACCACUCUGAGGAAUAUGCGCAGGAAGUCUGGAUACCUCAUUCCCUGGAAUACAAAAGUGCGCUGAAACUUCUGGAAGCGAACUGAAACUGCUGACUGUCUUCACUCUGCGUAGAGAAAAUAUGGCGGUAGAGGUUGGCGUUAAAAGAUUUGAAAGGCCACUGUUAUUCACUCAUUCAUGUAUCAUGUACAUGCCUGUGCUUCCUAGUUCAUCUAAAAAAAUACCUUCUAAUACCUCACACACACUCAUUUAGCGCCGCUCUAACAGCACGGACGUCUCUCGCGUUGGCCGUCUGUCUUCAUGCACAGAUGUUGUCCAUAAAAUCUGCCUUAUCAGCCGGUUAUUUAUAUCAUUUCUGUCCGUGAGAGUGUGCUGAAAGUGCAGCACAGCAAAAACAUAAUCCCCAACUCAGUGUCAAAAAAGGAGGCGGCGGCUGUCAAAUGUCUUUUUUCUCUCUCUCUCUGUGGGUUGCGUAAGUUGCGUCCUUCAAAAUGCGCAGGAUAAAUGACAAACGCCUUUUUUUUUCUGCUUUAACCGAACAACAUGGACUUAUAGUAUUUCACCAAAGUGCGCACACUUCUCCUCACAUUUCAUAAACUAUUUUGAUACAGUAUAUCCCUAAGGGACCAUACGAUCACAACAAACUUGGAUAUCAGUCUGUGUACAGCAGUGUAGACAUACUGUCCGCUAAGAAAGAAGUCAACACACAGCCAUUGUUGUGUAACACACUCGCUGGCAACACAAUGAGGGCAGUGGGGAGAUGCGGUUCAUUGAGGGGAAACAUCAGCCUUUACAUAGCAACACACAUCAGUACACCUCACAGUGAACAUGCUCACAUUGUAUCUUUGGUCCUCCACCUUCCUCCUUUGCUUCCUGCCUUCCUUCCUUCUUUCUUUUCUUUGUUUCUUCUUUCCUACCUUCCUUCUUUUCUUCUUUCCUACCUUCCUUCCUUUCUCCUUUCCUGCCGUUCUUUCUUUCUUCUUUCCUGCCUUCCUUUUUUCUUUUCUUUCUUUCUCGUUUUCCUACCUUUCUUUCUUCUUUCCUGCCUGCCUUCCUUCUUUCUUUUCUUCCUUCUUUCCUCCCUUCCUUCCUUCUUUCUUGUUUUCCUUACUUCAUCCCCACCUUCCUUCCUUCUUUUCUUCCUUCUUUCCUUUUUUCUUCCUUCUUUCCUUCCUUCCUUUCUGCCUGACCUCCUUAUUUCCUAUUUUGCUUUCUUCUUUCCUUCUUGCCUUACUGUCUUCCUUUCUUGCCUUCCUACCUUCCCUCCUUCCCGCCGUUAAUCCUUUCCUCUUUCCUGCCUUCCUACCUUCCCUCCGUCCUGCCAUUGAUCAUUCCCUCUUUCCUGCCUUCCUACCUUCCUUUCUUCCUGCCAUUCAUCCUUCUCUCUUUCCUGCCUUCCUACCUUCCUUUCUUCCUGCAUUCAUCCUUCCCUCUUUCCUGCCUUCCUACCUGCCUUUCUUUCUGCCAUUAAUCCUUCCCUCUUUCCUGCCUUCCUACCUUACCUCCUUCCUGCCAUUCAUCAUUCCCUCUUUCCUGCCUUCCUACAUUCCCUCCUUCCUGCCAUUAAUCAUUCCCUCUCUCCUGCCUUCCUACCUUCCUCCUUCCUGCCAUUGAUCCAUCACUCUUUCCUGCCUUCCUACCUUCCUUUCUUCCUGCCAUUCAUCCUUCCCUCUUUCCUGCCUUCCUACCUUCCCUCCUUCUUGCCAUUCAUCAUUCCCUCUCUCCUGCCUUCCUACCUUACCUCCUUCCUGCCAUUCAUCAUUCCCUCUUUCCUGCCUUCCUACAUUCCCUCCUUCCUGCCAUUAAUCAUUCCCUCUCUCCUGCCUUCCUACCUUCCUCCUUCCUGCCAUUGAUCCAUCACUCUUUCCUGCCUUCCUACCUUCCUUUCUUCCUGCCAUUCAUCCUUCCCUCUUUCCUGCCUUCCUACCUUCCCUCCUUCUUGCCAUUCAUCAUUCCCUCUCUCCUGCCUUCCUACCUUCCUCCUUCCUGCCAUUCAUCCUUCCCUCUUUCCUGCCUUCCUACCUUCCUUUCUUCCUGCCAUUCAUCCUUCCCUCUUUCCUGCCUUCCUACCUUCCCUCCUUCCUGCCAUUCAUCCUUCCCUCUUUCCUGCCUUCCUACCUUACCUCCUUCCUGCCAUUCAUCAUUCCCUCUUUCCUGCCUUCCUACAUUCCCUUUUUCCUGCCAUUCAUCCUUUCUUCUUUUCUGCCUUCCUUCCUUCUUUCUUUCUUUCUUUCUUUCCUGCCUUCUUUGCACAGGUUCUCAACUGGGCUCAGGUCCGGAGGAGACAUACUUGCACACGCCAUCACCUUCAGUUUCCUCAGCAAUUAAUUUUCCCCCUCAAUGAACCGCUGCUGUCCAGUGGUGGCAGCACUCAUGCAGCUCCCACCACCAUGCUUGACUGCAGCCAAUUAUAAUAAUUAUAAUAAUAAUAAUAAUAAUAUUAAUAAUAGAUUUUAUUUGUAAAAAAAAAAAGAAAAAAGAAAAAGCACUUAGUUUGAGUAAACAACCUCAAAGUGCUACAGUGUAUUAAAAAAAUACAAAUAAAAAGAUAAUAAGAAAUAAAAAUAAAUAAAAACUAGAACAGCCAAAUAGCUAAAACUAGUAUGCAUAUAUCUCAAAAAUGUUGUUGUUUUUUAAAAAAGAAGGGUUUUUAAGCCUUUUUUAAAAGCAUCCAAUUAUCUUCCUACCAUUACUACAAGAGUCAUUUUUUCAGUGAAUAUAAAUAAAUACUGCGAUACAAGCUGUACGCUGACUACUUUUAUGUAUAUCCAAGUUUCACUUCAGUAAUGCCCCUUAGGAGUAUACAGUAGGAAACAUGUGAGGUCCUGUAUCGUCAUCACAUCCUAACACAUCAGGUGGGGUCAGCAAUAAAUGUAAAUACAAGGUGACAGUAUUUGUGUGUAGCCUUAUAGUGAUGUAAUAUGUUGACUAAGGGCAAUUAUUUCUAAACUAGCAGAGUCUUGUUUACACUCUCUACAAUAUUGACCUAUAAUAAGCCUAAACACUAUGCACACUUAAUCUACAGGCACUGACUUCUAUUUUGUAGCCGCGUGUGUGUGUCAGCAGCAUAACACAACAUGGGCUCAGGAUCACUUAUAGCCAGUCUCUCACCAUGACGUGCCACCAUUCUUUUCACUGUCUAGCCGCCAUUUUAGCAUCAAUAAAGUCAGACGAACCCUGAAGAUUACGUGUCUGUCUCUGAUUGACACAUUCAAAUCAAACACCGUAACACAUGUAGUAUAGAUGCAGAGCACUCUCUGCAGUUAAAGGGGAACAUUAUCACAAUUUCAGAAUUGUUAAAACCAUUAAAAAUCAGUUCCCAGUGGCUUAUUAUAUUUUUCGAAGUUUUUUUCAAAAUUUUACCCAUCACGCAAUAUCCCUAAAAAAAAGCUUCAAAGUGCCUGAUUUUAACCGUCGUGAUAAACACCCGUCCAUUUUCCUGUGACGUCACAUAGUGAAGCCAACACAAACAAACAUGGCGGAAAGAACAGCAAGCUAUAGCGACAUUAGCUCGGAUUCAGACUCGGAUUUCAGCGGUUUAAGCGAUUCAACAGAUUACGCAUGUAUUGAAACGGAUGGUUGUAGUGUGGAGGCAGGUAGCGAAAACGAAAUUGAAGAAGAAACUGAAGCUAUUGAGCCAUAUCUGUUUGAACCGUAUGCAAGCGAAACCGACGAAAACGACACGACAGCCAGCGACACGGGAGAAAGCGAGGACGAAUUCGGCGAUCGCCUUCUAACCAACGAUUGGUAUGUGUUUGUUUGAAUUAAAGGAAACUAAC